AUGGCCCCCGGUGGAGUCCAGCGCGUUGGCGGGCAGGUCGCGGCGUGGUUCAGAAGGGUUACCGGCCAAGCUAGCGGCCGCAUCCAGCUAACGGACACGCUGCCUGGUGGCUUCUCGCCAUCGCACGAUAGCGCAGAGCCAUAUCCUCUCAAACAACGUCGUCGACGGUUCCGGUGUAACCCGCGGAGCCUCUUCUCAUCUCGCUUCGCCAUGAUUAUCCUCCUCAUUGUCACGCUGAUGCUAGGCGGCCUGCUCUACUUCUGGCACUCGGAGGGCCCGUAUCAAAUCCCGUGGUUCCCUGACAAGGACAGCCGGGAGUUCGCCAAGCACCCCAUCCCCCCCGCGAAGGAGCACACCAAAAUUGCGAACUACGAGCUCCCCCUCAGCACCAAGGGACGGAACAUUGUCGACGCUCGCGGACGCCGCUUCAAGCUGGCGUCGGUGAACUGGUACGGAGCCAGCGAUGAGCUCUUCGUCACGGGCGGCCUCGAUGUCGUGCACCGCAGCGUCAUCGCCGAGUCGAUCAAGAAGCUGGGCUUCAAUAGCGUGCGACUCCCAUAUGCCGACGAGCUGGUGUAUAAGAACCCCAUAGUCGAGGAGAGGCUGCUAACUGCCAACCCGGAUCUCAUUGGGCUUCGCGCGUUGGAUAUCCUCGAAGCCGUUACAGUCGCCCUUACCGAUGCCGGGAUUGCCGUCAUCAUGAACAACCACAUCACCACCGCGGUGUGGUGCUGUGGCGCCGACCCCUGCGACUCCGGAUGGUCCAACGACCACUUGGGUCCCAUAUGCCGAGUGAAACAGACAGAAGAGCAGUGGAUAGAGAACUGGGAGACCGUCAUGAGGCCGCACGUGAACAAUCCUCUGGUCAUCGGCGCCGACCUGCGAAACGAGGUUCGAGGUCUUUGGGGGACAAUGCCCUGGAGCAAAUGGGCGACUGCCGCCGAGAAGGCCGGCAAUCGCCUGCUGAAGAUGAACCCAGACUGGCUGAUCUUCGUCGCGGGGACCGAGUCGGCCAACGACGUCUCCGGCGCCCGGACGCGGCCCGUCAUACUGGACGUGGAGAACAAGCUCGUCUACUCCGCGCACAUCUACGCGUGGUCCGGCUGGGGCAGCACGGAGGGUAGGUUCCUACAGCGAUCCUACGAGUCUUUCGUCCGGACGAUGCGCCACAACUGGUCCUACCUCCUGGAGCAGGACAUUGCGCCCGUCUGGAUCGGUGAGAUUGGGGCGCCGCGGUACCCGAAUCUCGGGGACGCCCAUUACUGGCACAACAUGAUGAAGUAUCUGAAGAAGGUUGACACUGAUUUUGGAUACUGGGCUUUGAAUCCGCGCAAGCCGAAGGGUGAUAUUCACGAAGGAUACUCGGUGCUGGAGGAUGACUGGGUAACUCCCAUCGUGGAUUACCGGAUGAAGGAUAUGACUGAACUUAUCAAUCAGUGA